UCUCUCAUGUGGAAAUCUUUUCUUCUAAAGAUGGACAUUUAAGAUGGAGUGUCAUCUGUCAUGUAAGUUACAGUGCUCUCUCAAUUUGAAAUGGGAGGUUGUGGGAUACCAUUACCAUUGGUUAGCAGGGAUACAUACCUAUCUAUAAGCAUUCUUUUAGCGAAUCGAGCCGGGAAAAAUUUGUCGGCCGACAUCUCCCUUUUGUUGCCAAUAAAUCUAUCUAUUGCCAAAACUCCAGUCGAGAAAAUCUCCUCAACGAGCUCUCAUAGGCAGAGAUUGUCCUUGCAUCUAGCGAAGGUAAGUUCGUUUUGCAGCCUCUCUCUCUCUCUCUCUCUCUCUCUCCAUGCUCUUCUUUGUACUGUCUGUCUGUCUGUCGGGUUCGAUUCACAACCCUGAUUGCUCGGUGUCGCCGUUUCCGUGUAACACGAAGAUUCUUCGCUACCCCUUGCCGCUGUUGAUUCACAAACACAAACUCCGAUUGCUCGAUGCCGCCACCACCGAUUCAGCUUAAAGGCGUAUGAUUUAUUUUGUUUUUCUUCUUUUGUCUAUUUCUUGGUCUUAUUUCUGAUGAUUAUCGUAUUGCUUCGUUUUGACUUGAAAGGGUAUGAUUCCUGUCCGUAAGCUAAUGAUUUUGCUCUCAUUGUGAUAAUUUGAUUGUGUUCUUGUAAUCUUUCAGAGUGACGGGAAGUUGGGAACCUUUUCUUGCUAGGAUUAUUGAUUCGUGUCACCCUAAUUUUGAGGCUGCCCCUGUUUGAUCAAAUAAACUCAUUCAGAAUUAUUACAAACUGAAUUAUUGUUGGUUGAAAGUGAAAUUUGUUUGGUGGCAGUUAAAGGGAUGUGCCCACUGUCAUUUCAAUCCAAUAGAUGCUUAGCAUUUAGUAGACCUAACUCUGUUAUCCAUCCCAACCUGCCAGCUACCAUGCUUUUAACGACUUUGUGAUCUCUAUAUCUUCUCCGUUCCUCUUAAUUAUCCUGAUUCAAGUUGCUAGGCUUUAGUUUGGGAAUGAAUUGAAGUGUGAACUUGGUUGAUGUGUUGAUUAAGUGAUAUUGGACUUGGUUGAUGUCCGAGAGACCAUAGAGAAAGAGAAUGAUGAAACAGAGGAACUUUUAUAAAUUGUAUUAUGUUUAUUUUUUUUAAAUUUAUUAUUUAUUUUUAAUUAGUAAAUCAUGAUGCAUGGAAGAUAGCACUUAUGUUUAUGUUUGUUUGAAUGCAUUAUAAAAUUUAUGUUUAUUUUUAGAUUGAAUAAUUAUUUUUUAUAAUUUUAUAUAUUACAAAUUAUAUUUAUAAAAAGUCCCUAUAUAUAUAUUUUUUAAUUUACGCAUUUCUCUCACAUUUCCGUUUACUAUUUUUUUUUUUUUUGAAAAAUGUCGUUUUUCUGUUUUCAUUUCAUAUCAUAUCCAUUUCAUGUUCCCAUUUUUGUUCCCGUACAACCUAGUGCAUAAAGUAGCAGGAAACUUUUCCAGUUUUCCAUCUUCCCUUCAAAUUAUGAAAUCUGGCAAUAACAGUCCCCAUUUUACCAAAUUGUUUCAACGAAGCUCCUGGAACUGUUGACGUGAUUUGAGCAGGAGCUGCAACACCCAUGAAAAGCAACUUGUCUUGCUAUUACCUAUCCUCUGUUUCUGGGUAGAGGCAAAGCAGAUGGACGGGGAACUGUGUUUAUGAAGAAACGUAGGUGUGAAGGAUCUCAUUGACUGAAAUUAGGGCUUUCAGAAAGCCUCGCACACUUUCUCUUCAGCUGCUCGCUCUGAAUCUAUUGCCAUCAGUGGUUCACUCCCCUCCAUCACCAUUGGAGAAUCCGUUUCACCAAGAAUUUAAUGGGGCCACGGUGGAAAGGAAAGGAUUCAGAAGCUAAAGCGCUUGCUAAUCCGAUGUCAAAAACAGUCUCUCAGCUGAAAUCGGCACUUACCGAAGCAGAUUCUCAUGGACUACUCUCAGGAUAUAGCGUACUAAUGGAAGCGGAAAAAGAGCAAACCGAUCUUCUCAACCGUGCGUGUUUUGGCCAGCCCAUUGUCACAGCCCAGAAGGAUAAGCAGUGGUUCCGGCUGGCCAUGGAGGAAGCCUUUUACCUCUGCUACAACCAAAAAUGUCUUAAGAUUGUAGGCGAAGAUGGAUGCGCCAAAAAUUCAGAGGAAUCAUGGAAGUACAUGACAUCCAAGAGAGAAACAUUCCCUGAUCUUUACAAGGCCUACUCUUCUCUUAGAACAAGAAACUGGGUAGUGAGAUCGGGAUCUCAGUACGGCGUGGACUUGGUCGCCUACCGCCACCAUCCCGCCUUGGUGCACUCUGAAUACGCGGUGCUUGUUUUGUCAGGAGGUGGUGGCGGCGGCGCAAAUGGGCGAUUGAAGGUUUGGUCCGAUCUCCAUUGCACACUCCGGCUAUGUGGCAGUGUUGCAAAGACACUAUUACUUCUUCACAUUGAUAGAAAUGGUGCUGGUGCUGGUUCUCCCUCCUGUUUGGAGAGUUACAGUGUUGAAGAGCGCACCAUCACAAGGUGGAGUCCAGAACAGAGCCGCGAGGAUAAAAGCAGCAGUUGAAACCGGAACCAGGUAGGCAAUGGGUUCGAUCCUUGCUUUGCUGUGUACUAUACUUUCACUUUUACUUUUAUUUUUUAAUACUAAAAAUGAUUUACUUGAGAGAA